AAAGCCGGAUAAGGAAGAUGGCCGCCAUCAGCUAUCAGUCGUGAUCAGUCGCCACUCGCCAGGUCGCCAUCAUUCUAUAGUGCUUAGAGCCUCAUUUUUUUUUCAUAAAUACAUUUUUCGUUUUAAUAAUAUACAUAUACAUAAAAAAACGUAAAAAAAGUGUUGUUGUAGCAUAUAAAAAUAUUAGAUAAAGUGGAUUAUUGUUAAAUAAUAUUAUUGUGUUAAUAACAGUCGUAAAAGGUGUAAGUUGCCGACUGACGGCAUAAAUUCCCGCUCCAAGUCACGCUGCUACAUGAUUUUAUUUUAUUGCAUUGCAAUAUUAUAUGAUAUGAUGAUGGUCUAUUCCGUGUGGUAAGGCCGCCAAGACCGACACUAAACGACACGCGCCCAAUUUUUUUAUAUUAUAUAUUCUAUUUAUCCGGUUUUUAUUUUUAUUAUUUUUUUUAUAAAUUUAUAACAUAAUUUUAUAUUUUAUACUUAUAAUUAUUGAUGAUAAAGUUGAUAGUACUAUAAUAAUCAAAUGAUUAAAUAAACUCUCAAUUAAAAAAUUAUGGGUAAUUUAAUAAUUGCAGCUAUUCAAUUUAAGAUUGAGAUAUUGAAUAUAUUUAAAAUAUAAAUAGAUUAAGUAAGGUAGAUAAAAUAAGGUAUGCCUGCUGUGAGCGUAUGUGAUCCGGUAGCGGCAGCACUCCGACAUUCAUUGGAGGCUGGUCAAUCAAAGUCCUCGACAGAGGAUAUAACUAUUUCACUAACUACCGGAGCAUCAAGAAUUUUACAGACUGAACUAAAAUAUGAAGAAACGGAUGAUUAUCAAUCAACAGUUUUGGAUAAACUUAAAUCCAAAUAUAUUGUAUUAAAUCUUCCAAAUAAUACAAAUUAUAAUCUAUCGGAUAACAACAAUAAUACAGGAAUUAUUUGUCGUAAAAAAAACGAACAAAAUAAAAUGAUAAGGCCUUCAUUACCAGAACCAAAAACAACACUAUAUAAACCACAAAAUGUCAACUUGGGUUGGAGUGGAUCAUUCCCAGUAGGUGCUGGAUUAAUAAAUGUUGGAAAUACAUGUUAUUUAAACAGUACUUUACAAGCAUUAUUUCACGUACCGGCUCUUGUUAAUUGGUUACUCUCAGACAUUCAUCAUAAUUCAAAAUGUGAACAAAAUGAAGGCGGUGGAGAAUGUCUUACCUGUGCAAUGGCAAAAACACUUCAAUUUAGCCAUGAAAAAUCUGGCAAUGCUAUUAAACCAUUUUAUAUAUAUAAUAAAUUAAAGUUAAUUUGCCGGACAAUGGUACCAGGACAACAAGAAGAUGCCCAUGAAUUUUUACGUUAUUUACUUGAAGGAAUGGAACGUGCUUAUCUCCAUCGUUGUAAAGCAACUAAAUUAGAUAAUUAUUCAAAAGAAACAACCCCUAUAAAUCAAAUAUUUGGUGGUUAUAUUCGUACUGAAGUUAAGUGUCUUAAAUGCCAACAUGUUUCAACAACUUUUCAACAUUUUCAAGAUUUAUUGGUAGAUAUUCGUAAAGCAAAUUCACUAGAUGAAGCAUUAACAAGUUAUUUUAGCCGUGAAGAAUUGGAUAAUAAUGAUUACAAAUGUGAAGCAUGUAAAAAACGUGUUCCAGCAACAAAACAAUUUAGCUUGGAACAACCACCAAAAGUACUUUGCGUUCAAUUAAAACGUUUUAGUGUACUUGGUAAUAAAAUAUCACGUCACAUAGGAUUUAAACAAAAUAUAAAUAUGGGACCGUAUUUGUGGCGAGAACCUGGUGAACCUCCAAGAAAGCUUAACUAUAAAUUAAUGUCAAUUAUAACUCAUGUGGGACCAUCUGUUGGAUGUGGACAUUAUACAGCUGUUGCACAAGUAUCCUCUGGCCAAUAUUAUUCAUUUGAUGAUUCCUGUGUACGUUCGAUAAAUAUUUCAAAUGUAUUAAAUACAAAUGCUUACAUUAUGAUUUUUGAAAUGGAAUCUCCAUCUACUAAUAAUCAACUGCCACAAUCUAUAAAACAUAAUGGUUUAUCAAAUAUUAAAACAAUUUCAAAUGGUUGUUCAUUUAAAUCAUCAAGUCCUAAACCUUCAACUUCGGGACUAGUUGCUACUACUACUAAUGGAUUUGUCAAAUCUAAUGGUUCUUGUAACAAAAUUCGUAAUUCUGAUUCUCCUUCUUCGUCUUCUUCAUCUUCAUCAUCACCUUCACCUUCAAUCAUUGGACCUCAACUGCCCUCAUCUAAAUUUACAUUUGAACAACAAAAUAAUAAUUCUCAAACUGCUCAACAACAUAAAAAUAAUAAUUUUAUUGGACCACUAUUGCCACAAAAAUUUUCAUCAGACAAGACCCAACCCAGACUUGUUAUGCAUAUUAAAAAUGGAAAAGUAUUUAAUGGAAAUAAUAACAAUAACAACAACAAUAGUUUGGUACCGUACGAUGGCUCAAGUGACGAAGAAGAAAAUAUAACAUUAAACUCCUCCAAAAAUAAUAAUAAUAAUAAUUCUUCCACUAUUAAAUCUUCAACGAGUAUUUCUAAUGGUGUAUCCAAAUCUCAUAAUAAAGAUUUAACAAUAGAUAUAAAUAAUAAAUCACCAACAAUAGCUACGAAAACAGAAUUGAAAACUAUUAAAUCUAUCAGUACGACUACACAAAAAUCUAUACCAACACCUAUUUCUACAUCAAAUGGAUCAUCAAGCAAUAAUAAUAAUAAUAAUAAUAAUAAUAAUAAUAAUAAUAAUAAUUCUGCUGGCCAGAAACAACAAAAUGGUAAAUUUGAAAAUAAUAACAAUAGUAAUAAUAAUAAUAAUAAUAAUAACAACAAAUUAUCUGAAACAAAUGGCAAAGAUAAAUGGCAUCAACCUAUUCGAAUAAAAACAAAUAGCAGUUUAGAUGAUAAAAUUCAAACAAAAGCUGCAAGUAGUAUAAGUGGUUGGGAAGUUUCAAAAGAUGCUCCUUCUCCAACUUCAGCAGCUACACCGAAUGGUUGGUCUGUCACCGAUAACAACAAAGAAGAAAAUAAAAAGUCUAAUCAUACAACAACUAUAAGCUCGACACCAAGCGCAGCAGCGCCACGUAAUUUCAAUGGAACAAAUCGUUCUGAUACAGUAUCACAUUUGUAUAAAAUGUCACAUCGUGGUUAUGGAUCUAAUUCAGUUACAAGUUGGAAUGGCAGCAGAGCACAUAUGGAUCGUGAAGUAGAUAAUGAACGACGCGAAGAACGUAAACGUCAUUUUAAUCCUGAUGAUGAAGAAAUGGAUCGAGGAAGAACGAAAAAACUUAAAAGUCACCGAGAGUAUGAAAGUCGUUCAAAUCCAGGAUACAAUCCUUUUCAAGAAUAUCAGAAUGGAAAAUCUUGGAAUCGAUCAAACGGUGGUGGAAAUUAUCGAAGAUACUAUGAUACUUCCAGUCAUAGUCGACAGAGUCAUGGAAAUUAUAGACAUCAUAGAUACCAUAAUAAUCAUCGUGAUCACUAUCAUCGUAGGUAGAAUGCAUUAUAUUAACGAUUAAUUAUACUAAAAUUUAAUUAAUUUAAUGUUAUUGAAUAGCCUUUGAGGCGCAAGCAAUAGUAUUGCUGAAUAUUUAUAACAAAAGGACAUGCGUUGCAUUUUACAAGCAUUAGGCAUAUUUUUAGUAGUUAUGAAAAUAGAAUAUAUAAUUUUAAUUUAAGGAGAUUGUGGUAAUUUAAAUAAUUUAAAUUGAGGGAAACGAGUUCCAUAACAUACAAUUAUUAUUAUUCU